UAAGGUCGGUCUUUUACAAUUACCGGUCAUCUUGGUGCGAGCAGGUUUCCUUGCAGCGGUGAAAGAAGGAAGUUCGAAAUGGAAAAGGCCGCAAUUGUGUCCGUUUUAGCACUCUGUGUUAUUGGAUUUGGUUCAGGUUUUCAUGUGUCGUACGAUGAUUGUGGUGGGGCAGAUGCUUUGUCCAAACUUGUCUUCGUGGACGUUGAUCCUUGUAUCAAUCAGCCCGAUCCGUGUAGCUUGAAGAAGGGAACUGAGGAAACCAUCCAAGUACAGUUUGUGCCAAAGGUGAACAUUACAUCAGCCAAGACUGUGGUACAUGGUAAAAUCCCAUACGUACCCAUGCCAGCACCAUUUCCUGUUGACGAGCCAGAUGCUUGCAAGGGCCAAGGUCUUGAUUGCCCUUUACUUGCUGGAAAAACUUACACUUUCAAAACUCAACUUCCCAUAAAGAGCAUGUACCCUGCUAUUCAAGUUGUUGUCAAGUGGGAAUUGCAUGACCAGGAUGAUAAAGUAGUCUACUGUUGGCAGAUUCCUGCUAGGAUUGUCAAUUAAAACUCUCUUCAGGGUGUUACAGAUGUAAUCAAAAUUCAAAUACUUGAUCUACCUUAAACAGUAAGAUCAGUUUGAAGCAACCAUGAAGAUUGUUCAUCAAAUAGGAAAGGACUUGUCAUUUCAAGAAUAAAAUUUAUGAAAAAAUCAUG